AUGCAGGGUGGAAGAGGCAAAAAGGAAUUACGUCGUUCCAAGACUUUACCAAUUAUUGAUGUAAGCAAGGUUAUACCAGUUGAUCCUCCAAAUGGCAAGAAAAACAAAACCCAAGGUCGUAAAUACUCUGUUCCCUCUCAUAUCAUCGAAAAAACAGCCUCCGAAUUAACUUCAGCCUCUUUUCCACCACAAUGUGCCUCCAAUCAAACCACAGGAAAUACAGAAAGAAAAUACUCCUAUCCAUUCUUCAGAAGACAUGCUAUUACUAUCAACUUCCUAGAUCGUGUCUUGGAGACUCAAUUUGACAAUUGA